UCUAAGCCAAUGUGUGUUGAGACCUUCACUGAGUACCCACCAUUGGGAAGAUUUGCCGUCAGAGAUAUGAGACAAACCGUUGCUGUCGGUGUCAUUAAAUCUGUUGAGAAGACCGCUGCUGGUGCCGGAAAGGUCACCAAGGCUGCUCAAAAGGCUGCUAAGAAAUAA